UACCUUAAAGCAUCAGCUCCUUUUAAUAGCUUCAUUACUCUACAGGUUAAACGGGAUUUAUUAAUCAUCAUUUGUUUUGUUUUUUUGUUAAGUGUGCUUUAUGUGACAAUCUCCCAGGCAUCAAAAAAAUCUCAUUUACUUUUUUAUUCUCGCUUUACGCAAACAAUAAACAAAGAAUUGCGCACACGGAGUUUGGUUUUGGUGCAAAUAAUGCAAAUAAACCUUAUAUAAUAAGUCGGUUAAUUUGGAAAGAUUUUUUGGAAAUUGUGAAAAGGUUUUUUGUUUUUUUUGUUUUGUUUUACAAUGGAUCGGUACACAGUUCUUAAAGUGAUCGGUGAAGGAUCUUUUGGACGUGCGCUCUUGGUUCAACUCAACACUGACAAAGUGAAAUGGGUUAUGAAAGAAAUACGACUGCCAAAGGCAGAGGGUGGAGUGGAGAGUGCGCGCGCAGAGGCGGUGCUGCUGUCCACAAUGACGCAUCCAAACAUUGUGGCUUUCAGAGAAUCAUUUGAAGAUGAUGGCCAUCUGUACAUUGUUAUGGAGUUCUGUAGUGGAGGUGAUCUUCUCCAAAAAAUACGGCAGCAAAAUGGCUCUCUGUUCCCUGAAGAUGUGAUACUCAGAUGGUUUUCACAGAUGUGUCUAGGCACAAAGCACAUUCAUGAUAAACGAGUGCUUCACCGAGAUUUAAAAUCAAAGAACAUAUUCCUGACAGACCAUCUCACAAUCAAACUGGGAGAUUUUGGAUCAGCAUGUGCUCUUAACAGUGCAAAAGGUUAUGCCCAGACGUACGUUGGAACUCCAUACUAUGUGUCUCCAGAGAUCUGGGACAACCAACCAUACAACAACAAGAGUGAUAUUUGGUCUUUAGGCUGUGUGCUCUAUGAACUCUGCACUUUACGCCAUCCGUUUGAGGCCCGUAGCUGGAAGAGUUUGAUUUUAAAAGUGUGUCGUGGGUCAUACACGCCUUUGCCCAGCCGCCUUCCCUAUGAGCUUCACUACUUGAUUAAACACAUGUUUAAGACUAACCCGAGAGACAGGCCUUCAAUACACACCAUCCUUAGCUCUCACCGUGUGUCCAGACUGCUCCAUAAACAUCUACCUGAGGAGCAAAUACUCAAGAAAGAAUCCAAGGAACUGACAGAGAAACGAGUAAAUCAGUGGAGAAAAGAAGAAGGAGAGAAAGUGGCCAUGUUUCUGGGUCAGAAGAGCUUGUUAAACACUACUACAACUAAAGAUUCAGACAUAAGUUUCAAAAUUUCUUCGGAGAAUCGGACAGGUAACAUUGUUGCCCGGAAAAGGUGGGCAAAAGAACCCUCCAACACAGUGCUUCAGGUCUUUAGGAAUGCUGACAUCAUUUCCUCUGGUGACACGGCAACCGCACAGGGGUCUGACCCCACAAAAGAAGAGGGAUUUACAGAAAUGCAGAAACUGGAAAGAAGGCAAUGGGACAAGGAUCCACCUGAAAGACUUUUAAGCCUUCUGGAGAAAGCUCCUCUCAGCACAGCCUUCAGCACAUACAUUAUCCACAGGCACAAUCUGAAUGAUGAUGAUGCUCCAGAUGGACCUGAAGAAGUUCAUGUUGACCAGAAUAGACUGGAACCCCGUUCAGAUGACGAAGACACUGAUUUUGAGGAGGAUUGCCAAUUUGAUUGGCAAGCCGAGCUGGAGAAAAUGUUUGUAUGCUAAAAAUGUUUUAAAUUCAUCAAGGCGUAUGUGUGUACCUGACUAUACAGUACAGUAUACCAUAAUUUAAAAGUUUGUUUGAAUUUAUAAAUAAAUGUAAACAGGUGAUCUGUGA